AUGAGGGAAAAGGUGUAUAAGGAGAGAGCACAGCCAAAAAGCCGCAGAAAGUAUGGAAAACUUGAGAAAAAAAAGGAUUUAGUGAAGAGGCUUUCAAAGAUCAAGAAGCAAAAGGAUGAGAUUAAGAAAGCCAAGGAAGAAAUAAGAAACAAAAGUGGACAGGAGUACUUCUUUGGAUACCACUCUGUAAGAAAGGAUGGGGCCAGCCUGUAUAAGGUUGAAAAACCCACUCUGGAAGAGCUUAGAAAGAUAAAGGUUUACAUUGAUAAUGAAAUCCAGAGGUCAAAGAUGAAAUUGGAGAAAUAUAUUCCAGCACCAAGUGGAACACACAUUAUAUUUGAAGAAGACGGCUCUAAGAAGGAUAACGAAACAGUUUUUGGAAAGAAUGAAGAAAUCAGAAAAGAGUUUGAAAGAUACAUAGAAGAACUAGUUGUGAAGAGAAAUGAAGUUCUAGAAAAGAUGGACGAACUGAAAAAUAGGAUGUCAUAG